AUGAUUUGGCUACGCAAAUCUUUGCCAGAGGCCCUUGUGUCAUUGCUGGCCGCAACUUCGGGCGCCGAGGCAUACCGUUGGUUCAAUUGGCAGUUCGAUGUCACAUGUGAAUCUACAGGUUUUCACGUACCUGCCAAUGAGUCUGAGCUUGUCGAAUUCGUUCGAUUCCAUUAUCCACGCAAGACAAUGCUGAAGCCUGUUGGAAAUGGUCACGGCUUUGGCAACCUCACGACCUGUGUCAAUGACGGCGCCAAUGAACGUGAAUCCUACAUCCUCAGCUUGACCAAUCUCAAGCACCUUGAAAUCCAUGAUGACAACACUGUCACCUUUGGUGGUGGCUGGGAUCUGGUUGACCUCAUGCCAACACUCGAGGAGAAUGGUCUCCAAGUGGCCAAUCUUGGUAGUGAGAAAGUGCAAAAUUAUAUUGGUGCCGCAACCACUGGCACCCACGGUACUGGCAAACAACAUCAAAACCUCGCUACUCAGAUCCAGGGCCUUCGUGUGCUGGACGCGAAGGGAGAAAUCCAUGAAAUCACCAAGCAAAACACCCCUGAUCUGCUCAAGGCCUAUAGCAUCGCUAUUGGAGCCUUAGGAAUUAUCUUGGAGGUUACUGUUCGGGCCGAACCCCUGUCAUAUCUCAAGAGAACCACGAAGGUUGUAGAGGGAUCCUCCAACAUCACCGAGCUCUAUCAGCAAAUCGCAGAAUUUGGCACCAAAUACGAACAAGUCAACAUCGUGGGACCUACUCUGGAUUAUGAUCAAGACAAACAUGAGCUGGUCGUGAAUCCCAACAUGACAUUGGUGAUUUGGGAAGAGACUGAUUACAAAGGAGCCCGCAAUUGUUCCAUCGACUACUGCUCCAAUGAUUGCGGUCGCUGCGAUCGCGACUACGUCUGCUACGAUUACAAGACGGAAGCCAUCGCAACCACUCCAUCUGGUAUCUGCUAUCGCGGCUUCAUGGGCCAGUUCGAGCAUUUCCUCCCAAUCGAAAGCCUGGCAGAGGCUGGCACGGACUACAUGACAUAUGCCAAAGCCCAGUCUGACCGCAUGAAGCCAUACAUCGAUGAUGAGAUCGUGGGCCCAGGCUUGAAGGGCCACUACCAAAGUGACGAUGUGACCGUUAUUACUCGAUUUGUCAAGGGUGAUGACAACUGGCUGUCUCCUGUCAACACGGACAAUUUGCAGCCCAAUGCUAGUGGCAUUUUCGCCACUUUGGAAUACUCCUGGAUUCCUACCUACAACAACUUCACUACUCAAUAUUUCUUCCAAGAACUUGCCAGCGAGUAUAUCCCCAAGUUCGGUGAAAUCUACAAUGUUCGACCUCACUGGAACAAGAUGCUCUUCCACAAUGAGACCUACACCUCUACCAUUUAUCCCAAGAUGAAUGAAUGGGUUGAUCUCCAGAAGAAGAUGGAUCCCAAUUGCCAAUUUGUCAAUGAUUUCCUUGCUGAAUCUCUCGGAAUUGAUCGUUGCCAAUACCUUUUCGAUUAA